AUUACAGGAACCUGAAGCCAUCGCUGUUCAUAAUGAAUCAUUUAAAUGUGUUAAGCCUCCGAUUACUCUAAAGCUGCUUUUGGUCGAUUUGGUCUAUAAAAUGUCAAAGUAGUGAAAAUAUGUUUUGCAAUUUCCUUCCGUGUCAUGAUUUAUCUGAUAAUUGGUACUAAAGUAUUUAAUUUAAUGUACUGAGGACAUCGAUACUACACAAAUAUUCCCAUUUCAAAAGCUUUUAGAGUUUUUAUUAGAAAAUAACGUAAAAUUUAAGCAGGGGUUAUUUUGCCCAAUAAUCCAAGUGCUGCAUCUUGAGUACUUUUUAUAUCGCAUUGUAAAUGGUAAAGCAUUCAUCCCCAGUUCAGUUUUAGAACUCCAUAUAAUCUUACAUUUUGUAAUGUGAUGCAGACAUGGCAAUAUGAAGUAACUGCUUCAAUAUAAAAGGACAGCUUUAUGAUCCAAAUAGAGCAGCAGAUGUAAAUCCUUAUUUUAGGAGAGGAUCCAAAACUGGCCUGGUUUGCUCCCGAGAUACGGUUACGUUUUGUGAUUAUUUGUUUAAGCCUAUAAUCCCUCUCUAAUCAGGAAUGUCCAGUGUACGCUCAUCGACAAUUUCCCGAGGUUACAUCAAUAUCAGCCUCUCUUGGUAGGGAGAAGGUAACAUGCCUUUUAGCAGCAUCACACAGAUAUAAACUGAAAAUGUCCGUCAGCUGCUCGGUGCUCUUGGUGCUGCCCCUCCUCCUCCCCCCGGGGCUGGGCUUCAGGCUGUGCCCCAGCCACUGUCUCUGCUACCAGUCCUCUGACCUGGUGGACUGCCGUGCCCGGGCCCUGGUCAGGGUCCCCCCCAGCGUCCCCCACGGCACCUGGCUGCUGGACCUGAGGGGGAACUCUCUGACCGAAGUGCACAGCAGGGCCUUCGUGGGGCUGUGGUCUCUGAAGAUCCUCCUGAUGUCCAACAACAGCAUCCAGACCCUGCAGCCACAGUCUCUGUCGUCCCUUCAGUUCCUGGAAAAGCUGGCCUUGAGCUUCAACCAGCUGCGGGGGCUCCCUCCAGACUUCUCCCAGAGCAUGUCCUCCCUGAAGGAGCUGCAGCUGGACCACAACCUACUGCUGCACCUCCACUCAUCCUCCCUGAGGGAUUUAGAAAACCUCAGGAAACUGGACCUCAGUUAUAAUUGCAUCUGGACCAUCGAUGUGGGGGCUUUCAGCAGCCUGACCCACCUGAGCGUCCUGAGCCUGGAGGGGAACCGGCUGAACGUGCUGACUGACGGGCUGCUAAGCCGGCAGAAGAGCCUGGAGGUUCUGCUGCUCAGCCACAACAACAUCUCCCUGAUCCAGACCCAUGCUCUGGCCCCUCUGCGCAGUCUGACCCUGCUGAGUCUCCGGGGGAACCAGCUGGAGCACAUCCGGUUCAAGACCUUCCUGAAGCUCCAGACCACCUCCACCCACCUCCAGAUGUCCCUCAACCGCUGGACCUGUGACUGCGAACUGCAGCGGGACUUCUCCAAGAUCAGUUACGUUCGACACCUGCAUGUGGACGACUACCAGGACAUCGUGUGCCACGCUCCGGAGCAGCAGGCCGGGAGCUCCCUGGCCUCCAUGGACAGCCAGCUGUGUAUCGCUGAGACAGCCUCGGUGCUCGUCAUCACCAUCACCGUGAUGCUGGCUGUCAUCGGGGCGCUGGUCAAAGCCGAGCGCAACAGCAAGAAGAACGUGCAAACUGUGACUGAGGACGACUCAGAGAGACCAGAGAAAUGAAUUUCACUUCUUUAUUUUGACCUUGCUCGCUCCUCUGUGAGGUAUCCCACACUUCUCCAUUCGUAUGCUUAGUAAGGAGCAUCCUGAGGACCCACUUACCUUAAAUAUUUGUAAUCGCCUUUACAGCUUUCUUUUGUUCAUGUCAUGCUUUUCCGGUUAUUACCCGUCCCCUUGUGUGUUAUGAAGGUUUUUCUGCAUGUAAACGGUCUGCAGAGUCA